GGCGGCUGCGGUUUGAAUUCCAGCGGCGCCGCCAGAGUCCGAACAAGAGCAGGAUUGGAGGGGGCGGGGACCUGGGGAUCCUGCGGGUCGCGAAAGCGGGGGGAACCAGUUGGCCCCGCCGCCACAGACACCAACGCCACCACCUCCUCUGUGUCCACGAUGGACUCGGUGUUGGAAGAGGACGUCACCCUCCCCGGGACGCUCAGCGGCUGCAGUGGCCUUGUUCCCAAUUUACCAGACGAAGUGGAUGGCAUCAGCCCCGUUGCUGCUUUGGGAAAUGGUGUGCUCCCCAACGUGUCAGAAGAAACGGUGUCUCCCACCAGAGCACGGAACAUGAAGGACUUUGAAAAUCAAAUCACUGAAUUGAAGAAAGAAAACUUUAAUCUAAAGCUCCGCAUCUAUUUCCUGGAGGAAAGAAUGCAACAGGAAUUUGAUGGCCCCACCGAACACAUCUAUAAAACUAACAUCGAACUCAAGGUGGAAGUAGAGAGUCUGAAGCGGGAGCUCCAGGAGAGAGAGCAGCUGCUCAUCAAAGCCUCCAAAGCAGUUGAGAGCCUCGCUGAAGGGGGCGGCUCCGAGGUUCAGCGGGCGAAGGAAGAUGCUCAGAAGAAGGUGCAGCAGGUUGAAGAUCUCCUGACCAAGAGAAUAGUCCAUUUAGAAGAGGAUGUGAAAGCUGCCCAAGCAGAACUGGAAAAGGCCUUUGUGGGGACAGAAACAGAGAAGGCUCUUCGGUUGAGCUUGGAAAACAAGCUUUUGGAGAUGAAGAAAAGGCACGAGGGGGACUUGGACAUGGCUGUGGUCCUGGAGCAGAAAGACAGACUGAUUGAGGAGUUGAAGCUGUCUUUGAAGAGCAAAGAAGCUUUAAUUCAGUGCCUUAAAGAGGAGAAAUCUCAGAUGGCGUGUCCUGUUGAGAGUGUGUCGUCUGGGGAGCUCCAAGCACUCUCUGCGGCUCCAAGGGGAGAACAGGAGAGAGGAGCUGAGGCCGCACAGAUGGAGCGCCAGAAGGAGAGACACCGCUUUGAAGAGAGGAUCCAGGCACUUCAGGAGGACCUGAGAGAGAAGGAAAGAGAAAUUGCUACAGAAAAGAAAAAUAGUUUAAAGAGGGAUAAAGCCAUUCAGGGUCUAACCAUGGCAUUAAAGUCAAAGGAAAAAGAGGUGGAAGACCUUAACUCUGAGAUCGAAGAGCUCAGUGCUGCCUUUGCAGAAGUCACAGAGGCCCCUGCGAAAGCACAGACACAGAAAUUCCAGGGGUCCGAAGAUUAUGAGGCUGCUCUCUUAGAGAAGGCAGCCCUUUUAGCACAGCUGAACUCUGAAAACCUCAACAAGAGUGCAGAGAACCACAGACUGCGUAGGAACAUUAAGAAGGUGACCCAGGAGCUGAGCGCCCUGCAGCAGGAGAGGGAGAGGCUGGAGAGGGACGUGGAGGAAGCCCACCGCCAGAAGAGCAGACGCGACCACACCAUCCACGACCUUAGAAAUGAAGUUGAGAAACUACGCGAUGAAGUGAAUGAAAGAGAGAAAGCCGUGGAGAAUCAUUACAAGAGUCUUUUGAAUGAAAGUAAUAAAAAAUUACACAGUCAAGAGCAAAUGAUCAGAAGUCUAACAGGAAGCAUCGAUCCAAAGGACUUGUUGCUUCAGAAAUUCAGUGAAAAAGGGUCGGAAGCAGUACAGCAGAAUUGUCCUUCCCAGACUGGCGGGGAGCUCAGGGUCAGGACUGAGGGCUUACCAGCAAAGUGCUCUUUGCAGCGGUCACCAGACGGACACCGCAUCUUCUCGGAGGAAAAGCAGCAAUUAGACUAUGAAGAGCUGAUUCAGGUCUUAAAGAAGGAGCAGGACAUCUAUACUCAUCUGGUAAAAUCUCUGCAGGACCCAGACAGUAUCAACAGCCUGCAGGCUGAGUUAAACGGCAUUUUCGCUUUACGGAAGCAGCUGGAGCAGGACGUGCUCUCCUAUCGGAAUUUGCAAAAGACCCUGGAGGAGCAGAUCAGUGAAAUUCGGAGGCGGGAAGAAGAACCAUUUUCAUUUUAUAGUGAUCAAACAUCUUAUCUGAGUAUUUGCCUUGAGGAGCCCAAUCGGUUUCAAGUGGAACAUUUUUCUCAAGAAGAACUUAAGGAAAAGGUCAGUGACCUGAUACAGCUGGUGAAAGAACUGUAUACAGACAACCAGUACCUGAAGAAAACCAUUUUUGAUCUCUCCUCCAUGGGUUUCCAGGGAGGUGACAGACUUGAGUCAACAGAACAAUCUGAGCUUCUGGCUAGCAAGGAGGACGAAGACAUGACCAGAACUGGAAAGGAUGAUGAGAAUAGUUUCCUGAGUGACCAGCAUUUGGAGCAAAGUGACAAGGUCAUGGAGGAUUAUUCCAAAGGGGGCUGCAAAAACGGAUACUUGAAGCACACAGAUUCCAGUAUUCUAGACUACGAUGGAACCCACAAACCUGGCUGCCCCGGAGACCAGAGUCUAGAAGAUGGCGAGCUCCUGAACAUGCUUGCCCCUUUUUUCAACGAGAAGGCCACAUUGUUACUGGAAUCCAGGCCAGACCUUCUGAAAGUGCUACGUGAACUACUUCUGGGACGAAUGUGCUUGACAGAGCCGGGAGUGUCUGCAGAACACCUUGAUGGUAAAACUGAGAAGUCCCUUAAGCAAAUGGCUAUUCAGCUAAGAGGUGAACUCGGACAUUUCACCCAAGUCAACUCAUUGUCCAAGUCCCACGAUGAACGGAAGUCGCCUCGGACAGCCCAGCUGGGAAGGAUGGGUGAAGUGUCCAAGCUGGAGCUGAAAGAUGCCUCCGUGCAGACUGUGGCCGCAGAGGGUGACACGCUCAAAUUCCAAAAUGAGGGCAAGAGAGAGGCUUGGGAAGAGAAGCCACCAGAUGCCGUGUUUCACACUGAGGGUCAGCCGGAGAACUCGCGCAUGGCACCAGGGAGGCAGGCCACUGCCCUUUCCUUCCCCAACGGGACUGAUAAAGAAGCUAAGAAGUCCCGCCUGCCCAUCCUGAUAAAGCCGUCCCGGUCAUUAGGAAAUGUGCAUCGGCUCCCUGUCACCCAGGAGAUGGUGGCCCAGCUGCAAGGCCAAAUCUUGGAGCUGCAGGGGGAGCUGAAGGAGUUUAAAAUCCGCAAUAAGCAACUUCACCAAAAGUUAAUUCUGGCUGAAGCAAUGAUGGAGGGGAGGCCAGCGCCAGACAAAACGGUACAGAAAGCCCAGCCCCUUGUGGGAGCAGCCUACCAGGACAGCCCAGGAGAGCAAAAGGGAAUUAAAACCAUGCCCUGUGUCUGGAGAGACAAGGAAGGAGACAGUGACCAGCGCACCAGCUACGAGACCGACUCUGAAAUUUGCCAGCCCGAUGACCUUGCCAUCUUGCCAACGUGCAAAGGGAAUCCUUCUGAAGAUUUUCCAAGCCCAACCUCAGUUGCUGCUUACUUGAGUUCUAAGAAUCAGCUUUCCACCAAAGUCGGUGUGAUUGGGACCCAUCAGUCUGAGAACAUCAGCACCUCAAGUGACACAGAAAACUUAAAACAGAAAAUCUGUGACUUGGAAACUGAGCUCGAGGGCUACCGGAAUUUCGUAUUUCAGCUUCAAAAGCACUCCCAUUGCAGUGAGGCCAUUAUCACAGUUUUGUGUGGGACAGAAGGGGGCCAGGACGUCCUGAACAAGCCCAAGGGUAGUAAUGACGAAGAAGAAAUGACGUUCUCAAGUUUGCACCAAGUACAUUAUGUGAAGCACAUGAAGAUCCUUCAUCAGCUGGCUCCAGAGGUGACCGAUGGCGGGCUGCUGGAGGGCCUCAGACAGCAGCUAGUGGAACAGGAGUAUGAGCUGCAGAAGGAGCAGAAUUUGAACAUGGAGCUUUUCAGUGAAAUCCAUAACCUGCAGAAUAAGUUCAGAGAUCUCUCACCCUCCAGAUACGAUUCAUUAGUUCAGUCCCAGGCCAGGGAGCUCUCCCUUCAAAGACAGCGGAUUAAGGAUAGCCACGGCAUCUGCGUCGUUUACCGGCAACAUAUGAACGCCAUGAUUAAGGCAUUCGAGCAGUUGCUGCAGGCCAGCGACAUGGAUCACUACGCGGCCAAGGGUUUCCAGGAGCAGCUGAAUCAAUGUGCCGGGCUGCUCGAGAAAUUGGAGAAGCUGUUUCUCAACGGAAAAUCAGCUGAGGUGGACGUGAGCCCCGAGAACGAAGUGAUGGAGAGGAUGGAGGCAGACAGUGUAACCUACCAGCACAUUCUCCCUGAGUCUCCUGAGCCGUCUGCAUCUCACGUGUUGUCCGACUGCGAAAUGUCCGAGAAGUCUUCCGUCCUCUCGAGAGACCAGAAGCAAGACAGUGAGACUGGGAAGACCUCGGUCUUGGCGAACCAUUUCUCUCAAGACUUAGUAAUGGAACAUAUACAAGAGAUCCGAAGUUUGAGGAGACGUUUAGAAGAAUCUAUUAAGACAAAUGAGAACCUUCGGGGACAGCUGGAACGGCAAGGGUCUGAACUCGAUCCAGGUUCUACAAAUGCUUUUCCUUAUGGAUCAGAGCUGCAUAAUUCUCUGACAUCAGAGAUCUCUUUCCUGAGGAAGCAGAACCAGGCUCUCAAUACGAUGCUGGCCAAGGGAUCCAGAGAUAAACAGAAGGAGAAUGAAAAGUUACGAGAGUCCCUCUCCAGGAAGGCUGCGAACCUGGAGCUCCUUCAGCGAGAGUAUGCCCGUGUGAAGGGGGAAAAUGAGAGGCUGCGGAGAGAGGUCUGCGAGCAGGAGGGGCGCAACCAGCAGCUGCUCCAGGAGGUGUGCCGCAGCCGCAGUGAGCUGAGCGGGGUGCAGGAGGAGGCGAAGCUGAGGCAGCAGCUGCUCUCCCAGAACGACGAGCUCCUGCAGUCCCUCCGAGUGGAGCUGAAGGUGUAUCAGAGGCUGGAGGAGGAGCACAGGAGGCCGAGAGAGGCGUCAGGAGAAGGCUGGAGGGGGCAGGACCCUUUCAGUGACCUGCGUGGUCUCCUAACAGAGAUUCAGGCUCUGCGGGGGCAGCUGGAAAAGAGCAUCGAGACCAACAGCACACUGCAGAGCAAGCUGGAGGAGCGGCUGACGAUGGAGGGGAAGAAGGCUCAGGAAGCAGCCCUCCCCGUGGCUCUCCAAACCCUGUCCGUCCCCCAGUGGCCCCCACGGCUGGACAAGCACGGUGGUGACAGAUGUCCCAUGGCGAUAGAUAAUUCCUGUGAUCUCUUUGAUUCCACCCUGGUGGUGCCACCACGAUCAGCUUCAGAGACUCCUCCACUCUCUGGAAAUGACAUGGACUCCCUCUCCUGCAACAGUGGCAGCUCGGUCACCAGCAUCCCAUGUGUGUCCCACCUGGUCGCUGGCCACCGCCCGUGGGCCCACACGAGUGGCGGCCAUGUCCUGGGCCUGGCUGGGGACUAUGAGGCCCUGUGCCGGCAGAUUGGCCAGGGCCAGAAGCUUUUGGCCGAGAUGGCCCUUCAGAUCCAAGAGGCUCCCCGGCCCGCAAGUCCAGAGCUGGGAACCAAGGGUCCACACUUGGCACCUCUGAACAAGUUUGUCACCAGCGUGGGCACAGCCAAGCUGAUCCUCGAGGAGGCUGCGAGAUUAUUGAUGCUCUUCUGGAGGGUCUCACUCCCCACAACUGGCCAGUGCCCACUUCAGUGUGAACAGGUAGGUGAAAUGAAGGCAGAGAUCACCAAACUACACAAAAAGCUGUUUGAACAAGAAAAGAAGUUGCAAAACUCUGUGAAGCUUUUGCAGCUGAGCAAGCACCAGGAAAAAAUCAUCUUUGAUCAGUUGGUCGUAACCCACAAAAUCCUUCGGAAGGCCAGAGGAAACCUGGAGCUUAGGCCCGGGGGUGCCCAUCCAGGAACAUCCAGUCCCAGCCGACCAGGCUCCUGA